UUUGACUUGAUCAUCUGCAGAGCACUUUCACAUCCAGAUCACUUGAGGAAAGAUGAAGGUCAGUUAAUUGAGAGCCGCGUCCGCCAGAAACCCACGUCCUUUCUCUCUGUAAGACCGCAACUGGGAACGGUGACACCUCAGGCGCGUUAUUGCACCUGUCGGGGGACAAGGUGGAGUCUGACAGCUUGUGUGUGUGUCCAGGUGGACUGGAGCCAGUUCAUCGCUGUCAAUGGGGCCACAGCCCACCCCCACUACGACCCCGAUGGCACAGCCUACAACAUGGGCAACUCCUACAGCAAGCAAGGUGAGUCUCAGCUGGCGUCAUACUGUGUCUUGAUAAUGUUCAUCGAGCAGCCCAUCAGGCUGGACCUGCUGGCGAUCAUGACGAGCAGGGUCCGAGGCAGGGCGCUGAGCAAGGGCAUCCUCUGGGAGCCCGGCCGGGACACGGUGUUCCACGUGUGCAACAAACGCACUGGCGAGCUGAGCGCGGUGCGGUACCAGGCCAAGGCCCUGUCCAUGUUCCACCAGAUCAACGCCUACGAGCAGGACGGCUUCAUCGUGCUGGACUUGUGCGUCUCGGACGACGGCGGGACCAUCGGGGACUUCCUGAUCCAGCACAUGCGCAAGUCCGGAGAGGCGCUGGAUGAGGUGUACAACGCGGUGAGCCGACCCCUCCCCCGCCGUUUCGUCCUGCCGCUGGCCGUCGCCGCUGACGCGCCCGCCGGCCAAGAUCUCAACACCCUGCCGGACUCCCGCGCCAUGGCCAUGAAGCUCUCCAAUGGCAAGAUCUUCUGCACCCCAGAGGACCUCCACGGCACGGAUCUGCUGGACUACGGAGGCCUGGAGUUUCCGCAGAUCAACUACGCCCGCUACAACACCAGGAAGUACCGCUACUUCUACGGCUGCGGCUUCAGGCACCUGCUGGGCGACUCCCUGCUGAAGGUGGACAUCCAGACAAAACACCUGAAGGUGUGGAGAGAGCCUGGCUUCUUCCCCUCCGAGCCGGUCUUCGUCCCGGCCCCGGAUGGCACUGAGGAGGACGAUGGAGUGGUUUUGUCCGCGGUGAUCACCCCCAGGCAGGAAAAGGGCACCUUCCUGCUGGUGCUGGAUGCCAGGACCUUCACCGAGCUGGGCCGCGCGGAGGUGCCUGUGGACAUGCCCUACGGCUUCCACGGGGUCUUCAACGCCAGCGAGGCGACGCCAACCGACCAACACUGACCUCGCCGACCUCGAGAACCCCCCACCAGCCCCUGCGGUGGGACCCCGGGUACCCAGCAGGUGGGCAGAGAGACCAACCUGGUUCAGAUCGACCCGAUACCCCCCCACCAGCUGGCUACAGCGCUGCCCGGCUGUGGAGCAGUUCUGACCUGGACCCUCUUUCUCCUCUAAAGUAUAACAAACCACACCCCUGAGCCUUCAGAACAGUCGUCAGUGUGUUUUACAGCCAUUACUCGUCAAGGCCAUACAGUAUGUGAAGCCUGCUGGCCUUACUCUCCCGGUAAGUUCGAAACCGCAGACCUGCUCAGGGUCUCAGAAGGGCAGUUACAAAUGGCUGGGCAGCUUGUUCCACACCCCCACAUCUCUUUGGGUAUGUACAUCUGCACGUUUCCCCUUGUGCCCUCUGGUUCAUGCUUGGCUGUUGGCCCUGACUCAGGCUGGUGGUUUAGUAAGGCAAGCAGGCCCUCAGGCCUUUAACCCCUUCAGGGCGAGAGUCCUGCCCAUCCUCCAAUGCCCACACGUGCCUGGCGAGCUCAGGUAGAAAUCGCCAACCUCGUUUCUUUUGCUGGUGGGGCCCAACUCUCUUUUUUCUUUAGUGACCUGGCAAAUAACCUCUGCAUUUGCAGCAUAAAGUGAAACUCUUUAUAAAAAUGAAAAUCGCCCUUAAAUUCCUGCCUUGCUCGGCUGUGAUUGAAAGACCUGAGGCGCCUGAGGGGUGAGGUGUUGACCGUUUUUGCUGUCAGAUGCAGGCUGGGUGGUUUUGCUCAAUUCCCCCGUGGUGGUCAGGCCCGUGCAGCUGGUACUGGCUCGGUCCAGGAGGAGGCCGGGGCUGGUUUGAUGUUUCCCUGGUCUUAUUCUGUUGCUGCUUGGCUGUUACAGAAGUGCCUGUUCACUGUCACUGUGACUUUUCUCCUGUAUAUGAAUGAGCAUAACAGUUUCUGAAAAAACCUCACGUAACCUUGUGUACUUUAAAAAAAUAGUUUUUAGCAAUAUUAUACUGUUUUACUUCUUGUAAAAUGACUUUUAACUUUUACUGUGUUACUUCUUUUAAUAAAUCAUGACAUUAAAGGUCA